CAGUGGUGUAACACGGACACAUUUAAAGUGGCACAAGAGCGAGUGUUCUGAUGCACAGACUCUGUUCUCGAUGACUUCAUGAACUAGAUCCAGUUUUCCACUUGAUAAAGCUGAUCACACUGAGCAGUACUAUGGCAGAUGGUGUGGACCUGAGCCGAAAGUUUGUUUCCGAGUCAGAGUUAGAGGAGAAGAGGAAAAAACGACAGGAGGAAUGGGAGAAAGUUCGCAAGCCUGAUGAUCCUGAAGAGGUUCCUGAGGAGGAGUACGACCCUCGAUCCCUGUUUGAGAGGCUACAAGAACAGAAGGACAAGAAGCAGGAGGAAUAUGAGGAACAGUUCAAAUUCAAGAACAUGGUAAAAGGCUUGGAUGAGGACGAGGCCCACUUUCUGGACGAAGUGUCACGGCAGCAGUUUCUUGUCGAGAAGAUGAGGAGAGACGAGGAGAAGCAGGAGCUUCAGGAAUAUCGGAGUGCUUUGAAGAAACUGGUGUCCAGUGAAAGUCAAAAGAAGGAGUCGGAGAGAAAGGCUGCACCCAAACCAGCAGAACAGAAGACCAGCCACUUGUCUCAGGCGCACCUACUGGCUGGUGCAGUCAAGCGCCGCAGUUCCUCUCAGUCAUCAGAGAGCAGUAAGAAGCAGAAGGUGGAGGAGACGACGACGACGACGGCGGUAUCAGCAGAAACAACUGGCGACGGCAGUCAGAUAGAACAGGAAACAGGGGAACAGAAACCAGUGCCCAGGGCAGGAGUGACACGAGGGGGCAUGCUCCACCGACCCUCUGCAGCCAUGUGCGUGGGCAUCCUGCCAGGGCUUGGGGCCUACUCGGGCAGCAGUGACUCAGAGUCGAGCAGUGACAGUGAAGUUUAAAUCCCUGCACCUAAACCUGGCGACGACACCCUACACAUCUCCGUGGUUUCUACCGUGCUGCUGACCAUGAGGACGACGACUGACGUCUGUGUGUCAAAGAGAAGGCUGCUUUGUCAUUUUAUCAGAUUUCUUCAGUACCAUCAUAUGAGAGAAGCAGACUGUUACGAGUAGUGCUGGUUGGAAGAUGUGGAAAAAAUGAAAAAUGUCUUUCAGGAGUUUUUUUUUUUUUAAGCGCUGUAAUGCUAAAAAUGCUGGAUAUUUUAUGAACUGUUCCCUAUAAGGAUAUGAAAGUGUGUGAAAGCUGGAUGGAACAUUAAAGCCAAAGGGAAAAGAAAA